CUUUUGAAAACGCAUUAUUUUUGUCCUUCCUCAUUUUGGCAUUCUAUUUCAGUUUCCACAGAAAACUUUCAAAAGUGAUCGAUGGUAUUUCGUGUCGUCAAAACAUCGUCUGAACGAAAUUUCGCCAUUGACCGUUAUUGGAAAUUUCACGACUGUUGCGAAAUACUUAAUCCCAUCUCUACCGAUUAUGCGAACCGGGAAAGAUAAACCGACGACAAGUCGCCGUUGACGAUGACGGUAAUGGCGUUCUGGAACUAAUCGUGGUCGCACGCGUGCGAUCGCGACUCCCUGGGGAUCGGCGCAGUGACGGUACCGGGUGGCACAGGCUAGCAUCCUUAUCUCGGGGGAGCUGUGCGCCACAAUCUCUCUCUGUAUCGUCAUACACUUGUCGACGUCUUCUUAUCUGGAGGAUUCAACCAUCAGUUGUAGUCUCGGCACGACCCUCGACUGGUCGUGACGCGCGGAUCGACGUUUCCGAUCGUGUGUUAUCUUUCGUGACACCGUCAUUGUGCGAGGUUUCGAGAAUGCACAGUUUCGCACUUGCCGCGGCAAAAUCAGUUUAUCAAUAUAUCAGUAGUUUAGAAAUUUAAAAUCGCAAAAUCUUUUUCUCUCUCUUAUUUACUUAGAACAAAAACAGAAAUAUGAAUGAGAAAUAUGCCAUUAAAUUUUUGUAUAAUGCUCAGGAGACUUUAUAACAUGAACACUUCUCUCCUAUUAUCGAGAGACAACUUGAAAAUCGUAUGAUAUUGUGAUUAAUUAAUACGAGCGAAUCUCUUAACCGGACGUUUAAAUAUAUCGCAAACAAUUACUAAAGUUUGCUUUGUUAGUUUCAUGCGAAUCGUGAUGCAGUGAUUAAUAAACAGAUAAUCGUGUCAUGAUAACGGGAAACACAUCUGAAUCGAUCUUCAGAGUAAUCAUGUAAACUUCGGAUUAAAUUCUUAUUUUGAAAAUUAUUAUCGCACGUAGUCGCCAAUUUGCAUAAGAAGUACAUGAAACAGACUUCGUAUCUAUUCGAUAAAUUUUUUAAUAUGAUUGAGGAAGCUAUAACGUUCGAUAUGACAGAUAAACUACUCUUCUCCGAUCUGGGAUUGACGAUGGACACCAGUGUCGAAAAACAAUUCUUCUCGCCGGUCAAGACAAAUCUAUCUAGCGAUUACGAAGUAUCGUGUACUCUGCUUAGCAACGAUUUUGGUAUACACGAUGGUGAUCAGUUGAACGCGAUAAAUCCAAAAGAUUGUUGUACUGACUUAACUUGCUCUUUGCUAUCAUCUUGGAAUGACUGGCCGACUACUAACACGCCUACUUCAUCAGGUUGUUUAAGCGAAUUGAGCGAAUUGGACUCUGAGCUAGAUUGGUGUCUAGAGAGAAGCUGGGACUCUGGCCUCCCAGAAAGAACACCAUUAUGUACUGCAGGGUGCGAAGUGCAUUUACUGUCUUUACCAAAUUCACAACAUAUGCCAAAAUACGAAGAACCGUUGUUGGUGCUCGGAAUCGAUUUACGAGCAUUGGAGAACGAAUUUGGAAUAAAUACGAUAGGUAUAUUAUAUAAUAAUAAUCAGUUAGACGACGAUCCUCUAAUUCCAUCAGCAGCUACCGCUACAUUAGCAACGCAUGAUUACACCAAUCGUAGCUUAGCAAAUGCAGUCGAAGAUCGAUACUUUUCAUGUAUCUAUCAAGGCUGUGUAAAGGUAAGCCUUUUUCCACAUUUUUUUCAUGUCUAUGCCAAAGCUUCUCACUUGAAAGCUCAUUUACGGCGGCACACCGGCGAAAAGCCGUUCGCAUGCACCUGGACCGGUUGCGGAUGGCGUUUCAGUCGAUCGGACGAGCUAGCGAGGCAUCGACAAUCGCACUCGGGCGUUAAACCGUAUCCCUGCGAAAUGUGCUCCAAGAGAUUCGCGCGCAGCAAUCAUCUGGCCAUACAUCAUAAAGUGCACCGAAAAAACGCCUAUCCCUUAUUCCAUGGGCUACGCGGCGACAAGAUGAACGUUUUACCGACGGAUUAAUUUAAAUCUCUAAGAUAUUUCGCGUUUCCUAAAUUUUUUUUCCUAAGCGAUAAAGCUAGACAAAGCUUAUCGUCGACGAAACAAGUUUUAUGCUAUAACGUAUAACUUCUAUAUAAAUCGACAAGUACUUAAAACGUUUUUAUAAAAAUAGUUAAUAUAGAAAUAACCUACUAAAUAAAUAAUGAUUCUUAACAUUUUCGGCGGCUAAUAUAAAACUUUAAAAUGAACUAUCUAUAAUUUGAUAUGUUUGAGCUUCUUAAGGGGAUCCUGGACCAUCAUGUUUUUACCAACCGAACGCAAUUUUUAAAGAAGGCACCCAAUGGCGUAAAAUGAAUAAAUGAAUAAAUAUAUCUAAAAUAAUUAAAACGUUUAGUGCUGGUCUACAAUAGGUGAUU